CCUCACGACAGUCUGCCAGCGCCCACCGAACACUUGGCUAUUAAAGAUGCCUUCGAUGGCAAAUCCAGAGUCUCGCUCUCCCUCGCCAACCCCCGCUCCGCCAGUCGCCGACUCCCCAGGCACGAAAGCGCAGGCCCUCAUCAACAUCUUCAACCAUGCCGUCAAGGCGACGCUUGACAAGUGCACACCCGCUAAUUUCGCGUCCUGCUUCCCCACCAUUGCGCAAUAUGCGCCGACCACAUUGAACGAUGUCCACAGACAGAUCAUCGAUCAACUAGACCGAACGUGGAAAGCUAACUUCGAAGACACAAUAGCCAAGCGCCAUGUUGUGAAGGCACUCAAUUCGCUUGAGCAAUGCGUUAAGGACGCGAAGCUUAGGAAAGAACGCGCCGAGGGCAGCGCGAACGGCAGCCCUGUUGAGGUGCCCGUACCCCCUCACAGCUUGCCUCCGUCCUCCAUCCAUCUCGCCCAUCUGAUGCCCUUCCUCGAGGAACAAACCACGUCUCUAAACUCCGAACUCUCCACAACUCAGGCAUCGAACACAGAAUUACUAUCCACCAUCACGGCACAGCGUGCCGAGAUUGAGGCCCUCGUCCGAGGUCUGGAGAAUGUCGUUCAUGAUCUAGAAGCUAGCGCACAAAUCAUGGCCCAAAACGAGGUGCUGGAGCUGAGUAAUGAAAUUAGGGCUUUUGAGACUGAGAUGAAGACGUGAAGUCAGAGUCUUUGACAGGAACGGCCCGACCCAGUGCUCGUACUCCUUCGCUUGUUCAUUCAAAUUUCCGAAAGCGCAAGAUGGGGAACACGUGAAGCGACUUUCGUGUCCGGCUCUGCAUGUAACGGUGCGGACCGCGCAAGGAAGAGGCCCCACGGAGUCGAUGUGGUUAUGGUUCGGUGACACGAAUCAAUAACGCUCCUACAAUGCGAAGGAUGUGGAACUGAUCCCGGACCGGCGCAGCCCAUAGCCCCACGAGGAAUACUAGGGCACCGCAGUGUUUGGAUUAGCAUUUCAAGACAACUUUGGAAGAGACUGCCUUGAUAUCAUACAGAUCAUUUCAACCUGG